AUGAUUCGAUUCCAUCUCAUCGCUCUCUCGCUUAUCUUAACUCAUUUAUUCCGAACGGAACAAAACCUUUUGGGAUCAAAACAUCGACUGACGCGCGAUGAAAUACACUCGGAGGAAUUCGCGCAAAUUCUGUCCAGUGCGGUUCAGGAUUGUAAUCGAGAACAUUCAUCGGAUUUCUGGCACAGACAAGAGACAGUGUCUGAUGCCACGAAACAGCUUGUGCAAGGCACAAAUUACGAAUUCACUGUUCGCCUCAGAGAAACCAGCUGUUUGAAAAAGCCCAUCAUUAAUGGAGAGAAAAAGGAGAGCGACGAUGAUUGUCUGGUCAAACAUAACUCGCCUCUCAUUAUUUGCUCCACCGCGGUCUGGUUUCGUCCGUGGUUAAAAGAGAAGAUACAAGUGACUGUUCGCGGACACUGGAAAGUCACCUCUGAGAAAUUCUCCCUCCAAGAAAUUCACUCCGCGAUUGCAGAACAGUCAGAUUUGGCCCAGAAAUUUGCAGAAACCAUGCAAAAAGCUGUAGAGGAUUACAAUUUACAGAAGAAACCCCCGUUUCUGGUUAGAUAUGCCGGUUUGGGGGGAAGAUUCCGACAGAUGGAAGAGCCUCGUAUGCUGGCGAAUGAGGUUUCAUUGAAAGCCACAAGUUGCAAGACGCCCACAGAUAGAAAUCAGUUUGAGCAACUUCAGUCGGAUGAAUGUUACAAUACCACUGGUCAAGACUAUGCUUGCGGUUUGCGAAUAACUGACACGUUGGAUAAUGCCACGCUGAUAAAUUGUGAACCGACUGCUUCUGCACUUGGAGGUUUAUGGCGCUUAUCUGCACCAAAACCGGUUGACGGUAAUCAAGACCGUGAAGCGCCCAAGCUUUUAGGAGCUCCGAAGCCGAAAUCAAGAAUCUGGAAGGAGCACUGGUCCUCGGAACCGUUGGACAUUUUCCUUUUGUCUAUUAACCGGGAUAUGUCCAUGGAAGAGUUAGAAACCGAGGAAAUGCGAGCGCUUCGUCGCGAGUUGGUAUUCACUUACAACGCGCAAAUCAAUGCCAUGUACAUGUUCACCCUCGCCAGUCUGAGAAAUGUUCAACUUCAGGAGGAGCCAGAAAAAUUGUACACUUUGACGGCACGAAUGCAAGAAACCAAUUGCAAGAAGAGUGACUAUUUGAAUAAUUUGGAAGCGUUUGAGAAAAAUUGCCACACGCUGGAUUCAAUGAAACCACAAGAGGAAUGUAAACUGACCGCAAUGGUUACCGGAAAACCAGAAAAACCGUACAAAAUUAUACUGGACAAAUGCAAACGUCUCACUUUUCCGUUGCUCACAAGUCUGGGUGGUCGAUCCCCGGUCAGUGCAACAGAUCGAGCCGGACAGGAUUUCCAGAAUCUAUUGAAACGGGUGGCUAAAUCGUUUAACGAGCAAUCCGAUUCGGGGAUUUUAUUCGAAGUGGACAAGGCGGAAAAUGUUCUCAGUCAGAUUGUUUCUGGACAAAUGUACUUCAUGAAUGUAACUUUCAAAGCAAACGGAUGUAAACCAACAGCAAAACGUCCCUGUUAUCAAGAAACUGAGAAACAUACAUAUCAGUGUAAUGUCGAAGUUUAUCAAAAUCCGUCAGACAAUCUCGGAGAGUCGAUCAAUAUUUCCAAUUGCCGGCACCUCUUGGAGAGUGUAAAUCCGGUUGAAGGUAAAUGGACGGAGCUAAAAGGACAGUCAGCCGGGAAGGAUGAAUUCCAACAGAUUGUGAAAAAAGCCGUUCAGGUUUACAAUGACGUCUAUAGCAAGAAGAAGAAUUGGAUUUUGUUUUAUGUGGAUGAUGUACUGAAGUUGACCGGAAAGAAGGAACUGUUCAGUUUUAUUCUGCACAUGAAAAAAGAGAAAAGUGAUAUUCAGAAGAAAUGUCACGUGACUAUUCUCAACCCAUCUGAGAAUACGAGGCAAAUUGCAAUAAGAAACUGUGUAACGUACCGCCAACCGAAGGUCAUGGUUGGUGCCCCACAGCCGCUAGAUGAAGAUGCACAGGAGAAAGAAGAUUUCCACGCAUUGAUCAAGAAAGCUGCUGCCCUUCACCACAAGGAAGCUGAAAGUCGGUAUUUCCACCGCAUUGAUCGCGUUGAAAAUCCAACUACACAGGUUGUUGCGGGAACCCUAAUCCGAUUCAAAAUUCAUCUACAACCGACCAGCUGCUUGAAGGCAAAGCAUAAGGACGAAUUCGAAAAGGGGAAGUUCCACACAUGUGGCCCGGUCAACAUCACUCACGUCGUGGUUUGUGAUGUGGAAGUAUGGCGAAAACCGUGGAUGAAUUUUGAGGAAAUCAAGCUACAAUCAUGUGAAUUGCAACGAAGGAAUAGUAGCGCCCAAGGAAUGAUACAAACCACCAACCAGGGUUUUCUCAGCAAGCCCUAUUUUCAGGAAAUGUUAGAUCGUGCCACAAUUGUGAUAAACACACAAAUGGACAACAAAGUUUUCUACAAGCGUAUCACGGUGGAAAAUAUUACAAGACAGUUGGUGAACGGCUAUAAAUACACUUUCGAAAUGGGAUUAAUUUCCACUUUAUGUCUGCGGGAUGAAGAUUUCACCUCUUUCACGGUGAUGCGCUGGAGUAAAUGCACAGGAAAAGAGAAAUGGCACUCACCUAAUAUAAUUGAUUGGCAGUACAUGGUUCAAUGCCGAGUCCAAGCCUGGAAACGUCCCUGGUUACAAAAUUCACGAUUGGUUAUUGUGGACAAAUGCAAACUGAUACACGAGAAUCGAAGCGCAUUGUUCCUGAGCUCCUUAGGUGCCCCAGAUCGUGGCGGAGUGAAUAUGACCUAUGUGGCCGAUGUGCUUCCGCGUUUGGUGAAAAUGUUCAAUCGCCGCGAAAACCUGACCUACACGUACGAGAAACAGAAUAUUGAAAAAUUAGAACAACAAAUUGUGGCCGGACUGAAGUUGAAUUUCGACUUGUUUUUGAAACCACAACCAGGAUCAUCGAAAUGUGCGAACAAGGAGAGUAGCACACGCAACUGUCCACCGGAAAAUGGGCACUUGACAGACUGCAACGCUACUUGGGUGUCCGGUAACGGUCAUUCGUGCUUCAUUAAAAAGGGCACGCAUUUCUAUCUCUGUAAGGCCUCAGUUUGGUUACGUGAAUGGAUGAAUUCGGAAAUUCUCAGUUUGGACGAUUGCAUGAUGGUUGAAAUGCCAAAAUCCACGUUGAUCGGUGUUCCACAACCCCUGGAGGUGAAAAAGUCGAAUCCGAAAUUGAAGGAUAUCACAGAACGUGCCACCAAAUUGUACAAUGAGAAACUAGCCGACGAUUUUGUGUUCGGUAAUGGUCAAAUAUCCGAUGCGGAGGAACAGGUUGUGGCAGGUCUACUGACAAAAUUCAAGUUGCGUUUGGAGCCAGUAGCCUGUAAAUUGAACGCCAAUAGACGUCGAUGCGAUGUAAGAGGUUCUCGACUACGCGUUGAAUGUCAAGUACUGUUCUGGGAACGACCUUGGUUGGACGAAUCGGAAAAAAUAGCCCUAGAAAAUUGUCGUCGUUUCUUUGACGAUGGGACUGCCGCAAACCACGAAGUUCGGCUUUCACGCGAAGAGGAACAGAGUGAAGACUUCAAAGCGAUGCUUGAUCAAAUGGCUAAACUAUACCAACCGGGUGUACCGAUCAUCUAUGACGUUGACAAAAUCCUCAAUGCUCGCGUUAAAGAUCAAGUCAGCUGUGAGGGCCAAAUUUCCGAACAUCCCACAGGUUAUCGAACAAUGAGUUUGCGUAAUUGUCGAGUUUUGUGGAAAACGGAAUCCGAGCGUGCCUUGACGAAAUCUGAACAAGCAAGCAAAUGGUUCCGUCAGAGCGUGCAUGACGCGAUUAAACUUCAUCAGUCCAGUGUGGCAUCAAACAAUCUGUUCAAACUGCGUUCCAUCGAAAACGGUACAUUACGACGAAGUGAUAUUGAACUGAUAAAGUAUCGGAUGAUCCUAACUGAAACUGAUUGCGCCAAGAGUGAGCAUGAUAUUGGGAGUGACGAUGAUCAAUGCCCCGAGAAGGAGCCUGCGGUAAGUUGCGAUUUCUUACCCAUCCCACUCUUUGUUCUUCUUUGGAAUUCACAAUAG